UGUGCGCUUACGAUCAAUGCAUUGCGGCAGUGUUACGUAAUAAUAUCGCAAUCAAGUUUUUACGGAACUAAAUAAACUGAGAUUGUAGUGGUAGUAGCAUUAUUUAAUUUCUUGGAAGUCAGAGGAAUGGGUAAGGCUAUAUUCGAGAGAAAAAAUCUUUGAAUGGAAAGUGAACUGAGGGUGUCAUCAUGAAUUCUACACCUUCUAAAGCUGAACCAAUUUCCUUUCGUAAAUUGGGAAUGCCAGCAUGGAUGACUCAAAGACUCGAUAAACUACAUGUUUCUACUGAUCUUGAGAAGUAUGGUUCUUCACCACCAACUAGUGACACUGACUUCUUUUGGGAUGUAGAAAAGAAGAAAGAGAGUUUUAUUGUGACACCAUCUUUAACAGAAUCCAGGGGACAUUCUACAGAUCUGCUUGCCAAAGAUAACCUCCAGCUAUCUUCAUCUAAAGUACAGCAUAUGGUCAAUAUUUCUAAAGAACCUCCCAAGCUGGUUCCAUCAAUGUCAGCUCCAGUCUUGAAGGUACCCACUGUGGAAGAGAAACUAAAUCACUCCCAGUCUAGCACUUCAGCAGAAUCCACCCCCAAUGUAACACCAUGCAGCUCACCCUUGAUAUUUCGUAAAGUAAAAGAGAGUGGAUUACAAGCCAAUCCUGAAUUGUCCUCUGACCAAAACUGGAAUCCAAAAUGGUUGUCAUGCACUUUCAAUAGCCAUGGUAAAAAUACAGCUUCUUACAGUUCCAAUUUGUCACCAGUUAAAGAGGCACUAGAUGGAUCUAUUCUCCCAAAGAAAGACACUUCACAAGUGGAGAAUCCAGUAUGUGACAUGCACAUACACAAAAUCCCUGCUUCGUCUCUGAAAAAGAAGAAAAUUUCAUUUUCUAAUUCUGAUAUUAAUAUAGUAAGCCCUAGUUCCUGGUAAACCACAUCCGGCCUCUGGAAAGUAGUUUGUUACAUUCAUUAAAGCCAUUUUUAUGAAAUUGACAAGUAUAUUAGAGUUCUUCAGGUAAAUGAAACAUGCAAAAGUAAAUCCAGGUACUGACAACAAUAUUAAAAAUUUUGUUUCAUGUUAAAGAAAAAAAAUAUGCUUUUAUUUUUAGAGAUGAAUACUGUUCUUGUUGUAGUCUUAGAAAAAGUCAGUACUUGUAAUGUUUUUCAAAGAACAAGUAUAUAUUCUAUUUAUAUAUUAAUUUCUUUGUAUAAUGUUUUCCAUAUGUUGAAAUGGAAAACUGGAUUUUGUGACAAUUUGAGAGAAAAAAUUAAAAUUAUUUUAACUUUUUUUUUUCAUUACAGAAGUUAAAAUUAGCUGCAUUUUUUGUGUUAUUUAAGAUAUGUUUUCUUAUUUCUUAAUGUAUGAUGAAAUGUUAACUUAUAAAUGUAGGACCAUAGUCUAUCUUAUUGUUUCAAAGUUCCAAAUUUUACAGAUCAGUCUGUCUGUUUACAUUUGUUCACGUUUCCUAAAAUUUUUUUGUAAUAGUCUAAGAAAUACAUAUCUCUCUGAAAACCUUAUAAUUUUAGUUGAAUUUAAUGUCAGCUAUGUGAUGAUAUUUAAUAGUCCCUUUACUGUUAGUCUCUAGUUUAUACAAAAAUAGGCAUGUUGCUGAGAAUUACACAUGCAGAAAAUAUUAAUACAUGUUGCUAAGAGUUGUACAUGUAGAGAACAUUAGGAUAUCUUGUGAUAGAAUGUCUAUGUAUGUUAUGUAGCUUGUUAUUGUAAUCUAAAAUCUAGUGUACUUGUAUAUGUUUGAAAACUGAUCAGUUAAUUAAGUUAUUAAAAUUAAAUAUUCUUCACAAUCAACCAGGGUCCAUAAUAAUAAAUUUGUUUUUUGUGAAAAGACUACUUGUUAUAAAUAUAGAAAAAUUUGCUGAAUUAAAUAUUUUAUUGCCUUUGAAAGUCAGCAGUGGGAGACCUGAAACUAAAAGUAUGCAUUUAUUUAUUUUUAAACAUUUAAAUGCCAAAAUUAUAAUUCAUUUGAAAAGGGUAGUUGCCUCAAAAUUUCAAGGUGCAAUUGAGUGAAAAGAUUAGAUUUUUUUUACAAAAUUCAGGAACCUGUAACAAUUCUACUAUUUGACUUUAGCAUGAAAAUGCUGAAAACAAAUUGAGUUAAUAGGAUGAAAAUAU